ACCGUGUUGGACGCCAUCCUUAACACCACCAGAAGCCAAGAGUCACCACACAGUUCAAACAGCCCAGCCUUGCAAAACUGGGAGCAACUAACGCCAACCGUCAUCAUCUCUCUCUGCCUCGCCCCAGUUAAGUGUCUCGGUUCUCUUUCUCUCUCUCUUCCGCGCCUCACUCUCUCGGGUUCAGUCUCCAGCGCGUCGCUCUCUCUCUCUCUCUUGCCCCGUCACCCAGGCUCCUCCGCCGCAAGGAGUCCUGUCACACUCCACCUCGUCGUCCGGUCCCCAGUUUGUCGCUGCCACCCCCACACCCUACUUGGAGUCGUCGCGCCACAUACCGGGUUCAGCCGCCGCCAUACUGUCCGUCUCUUGAGGGCUAAAAGCAGAUAGUUCUUCAUAGCAGCAGAUAACUCAGACUGGUGUCAAGAGUGGCAUUGCUGAUCAGAUUAUUACAACCCAAAAUUCCAAAACCACGAACAAGAACAGUGAAAAGAAGAUAGCAAAUCUGAGAAUUAUUUUUUCUAUUUUAUAAGUAGCAAAUCUGAGAAAGCUAGAGAUCUUUUCACGAACAUGUGGUCUGCAGAUUUGAAAGCAGCACUAGGCCAGAGACUCAACUUAGAGGGCAUUGUUUCUUCGGCUAUGGUGGUUGUAAAGGACAGGCACUUGGCUGUUCCGCAUGUCUCCGUGCCUGACAUAAGAUACAUUGAUUGGAUUGAGCUGCACAGGAGGGGUUUCAAGGGUGUUGUAUUUGAUAAGGAUAAUACUCUAACUGCACCUUACUCUUCAAAAUUGUGGGGCCCUCUUAGUUUGUCACUUGAGCUGUGUAAAUCGGUUUUUGGCCCAGAAAUUGCGGUGUUCAGCAAUUCUGCAGGGCUGUAUGAGUAUGACAUUGAUGGUUCAAAAGCUAGGGAGCUUGAGGGGGUAAUUGGAAUCAAAGUAAUAAUGCAUACAUCUAUAUGUUGUGCUCUAGAAAUGAAGAAACCCGCUGGAAGGGCUGAAGAAAUUGAGAAUCACUUCGGCUGUAAAUCCUCACAACUUAUCAUGGUGGGUGACCGGCCAUUUACAGAUAUCGUUUAUGGAAACCGAAAUGGAUUUCUGACCAUUCUAACUGAGCCUUUAAGUCUCACUGAGGAGCCAUUCAUUGUUAGGCAGGUGAGGAAACUUGAAACAGUCCUUGUUAAGCACUGGUUUAGGAGAGGGUUGAAGCCAACCAGUCACAGACUAUUGUCAGAUGCCAUGCUUUGUGUGAAAAAUACCCCAUCGUUGUGAGAAAAUAAACGUGGAUAUAAUGCAAUAGGAGCUGGUCUGGAAUGGGUUGAAAAGAUAGUACUCUUCAGUAAAUUAUUUAUUUUUUUAACAACCUUCCAUAUUGAGAAUUUUAGAGAUUAACCACUAGGGCUUGGUUCAAGUGGUAAGAGCCUAGUCUUGGUAGUAUGCUUCGUCUAGGUUAAUUAUUUGAACCCUUGACAAUUUUUAGGUGUCAUUAAAUUGGGAGAAUUUCCCUUUGAAUAAUUUAAGGUGCAUUUGCCGAAACUUUCUUGUCAAAGGUUUGUACGCCCGAGAUUAAUUGUGACUUUGUGCUAGGACAUUAUGUGCCAAUAAAAAAGAAAUUGUUGAAUUUUAGCAA